GCGAGUCUCGGCGGAGACUUUCUCUCCUGCUGAAACGUGCUUCCCAGGGCGUCGUGGUCGCGACCGAAGCAAACUUCACAUUCGACAACGAGUUUUAACCAAAGAAACACAAGACCGCCAGUUCCUUCCUCUUUUGAGUAUUCGUCGCGUCGGGCUUUGUGCGACAACGAAGUGAAGUACGUUAUCAAUUGUUCAUAGUGCGCGCAUUCUCAAAUUUGAAUUGCGAAUAAAUGAAACGUUCGAACGACGUUGGGAUAAAAUUUGGAGAAAAACAAGUCAUCGAUCGAGUUUGAAUCUCGUUCGUUUCCAAUCUAGCGAGUGAGUCUUCAAGCCCCGUCGAAAUUUCUACACUGCACAGUCUUUUUAUCAAUCUCAUGUUCAAGAGUUUCUCGAGAGCCAUAAUCAGCCGGUAUCGAAACGGGAACGAUGCGAUUUCCGAAGGUGUUUUUGCUAACGGUGUCCUGCUUAUCGGCACUAGGCCAAGUUACGUCGGCGCCGAGUCCCCAGGAGCCGGCGUUCGAGCUUCCGGUUCAAUUAGUCGGCUUCCCGGUCAUCAUCGCAGCCGUCAGGAUCACGAAUUUCAUAAAGAAACUCGCGUACUCUUUGAACCCACAAACGUACACGAACCGUGUGACAAGAUCGCUUGGGGAGACGACCAAAAACGAGGACGUUUUCGAUGCGAAUGAGGUCGAGAAAAAACUGAUCGCUGAACUGGGCGAAAACGUUUGCGUGUACGAAAGAAUUUGUGCGAAAUAUGCCGGAUUGACAUUGCGCAGGAAAGGAAGACCGGCUAGCCUUGACUGGAACGUUAUAUUCAGCCAGUACAAAGCAUCGCCGAGUAGGAUGAAGGACAACUAUUUGGUAAGCGUGUUCCUUGGGGACAUUGUUGGAAGUCCUGAACUCUGCCACCAGCUGGCAAAACGGGGUCGAAGUUGCGGCGAAUCUUCUUCGCUCUCCGACUGAAAAUCACGUCAAAGAUCUCGAAAACUCUCGAAUCUUUUCAGCCUGAUUUCAGUGUUUGUUUGUACAUAUUUUUGUAGUUCGCGGUCCAACCGCCGCUUGUUUUGUAAUCAUUAAGUUUUGUGAGCAGGAAUAAAAUCAAACUAAACGGGUCGA